GGCUUCUCAGGGAGACUCUGGCUCUGCUGCAGUUUUCUCGAGAGGAGAUGACGACUGUAAAGAACCAGUUAACUCACUUCCUGGAGACUUGGGACAACAGCAAAGCACUGAUACAGCAGAGUUGCAUCAGUGCUGACGCAGAAUGUGCUCAACUGAAACGGGAAGUGGAUGGGCUUCAGGUGGACCUGAAGAGGUUGGAGGUGGAGGUGCCAAAACUAAAGUCAUUCCUGGAAGCAGCAAGAGAACAGAUUCUGGAGUUGGAGAACCAAGUCCAGACCCACAAACAACUACAAAACCAAUACCAAGAUGCCCAUAUGCUCAUAAACGAACUGCAAGAUGAAAUGAAGUCUUUGAAAUUAGAGCUCCAGAACAGCACACAUGAACAAGAGCAUGCAAAGAAACUCCUGGAGAUAAAGAUUGUGGAGAAGGAGGAUCUGCGAGUGUUGUGGAGUGAACAGACAGACGCCAUAGAGAGGUUGUCCCGAGACCUGAGGGAGAAGCAGGAGAGCUGGUUGUCAUCUCAACAGCGAUGCCAGUCCAUGCAGGAGCAGCUGUUGGUGUGGCAGCAGAGUGAGGAGGAGGCGACCCAGAGACUGAAAUGGGCUGAAGGCGAGAUCAAGGACCUAAGAGAAGCCCGAUGCAAUUUGCAACAGCAGAGAGAAGAGCUGCAGAAAACUCACAUGGGAGAAUUAGAGAGAUUGGAAGAGAGCUUCAGAAGCAGGCUGAAAGUUGCAGAAGAGCACAGUUCAAAGGUUUCAAGCAAUAUGGAAAAGAAACUGAAUCUCUUUGCUGCUGAAAGCAUCAAAUUGUGCAAUGCCUUGGACAAGAUGGAGGCUUUUCUCCAGCAGAAACAGGCAGAGCAGGAUAAACAGCUGAAACGGCGAGAGACGGAGUUAAGAAGAGAGGCUCAUAUUGAGCUAGACAUUCAAAGACAGAAAAACCUGGAGCUGCUUAACAAAUACCAGAAUGAAAUCCAGCUACAACAAAACAAGAUGCCCGCUGUCAUUCAUUCAGCCACACAAGUGCUCCAAGAGAAAUUGUCUGUGCUGCAGGAGCAAGUUAAAGAGCAGGAGAAGGAGAUGCAACAUAUUCAUGAGAGCUCCUCUCAGAGGCAGCAGCAGUUACUGCAGGAGCGUAGGACAGCAGAGGCACAGCUGCAGUCCACCUUGCAGGAGCUGCAGCAGAAAACACUAGAGCUGAACAAGGCUCACAGUAACAUACAGCAACUCAGAGAAGAGAGGGUCAUCCUAGUGGAAGAGAAUUCCAUUCUUGAAGAAACGGUAAGGCGUGAGUGUGAAGAGAGGGAAGAACUAACAGCGGCCCUGACCUUGGCCAAGGAACAACUUCAGGGAUUCAAGCCCUGCGUAACAAAACCUCAUGAUUCCCAGACACGCACACGGCUCUCCAGAUCCUCAGUGGCACACCCGAACCUCCCUGUCCCAAGACUCAGUCCUAGCCGACCCCAUCCUCAGUCAGGAAACCACAGCUCAUUUUCCACACAGAGAAACAGACAUAGUUUGUCUGAGUGGAAUUCUGAUGAUGUGAGUAAAAGUGCUGCAUCUUGGAAUGGAUCAUCACAACCUGCACCCACUCUCCCCAAAAUCAGCAAAAACAAAGUCACUUCUGUGAACGACUUGUGCAAAAGCUUUGCCAUGUUGAGAGGCAGACAAGACAAACUCUGAUUCUCUCUAGAAAGAUCUUUAAGCCUUGUUCAUCAAUUAAAAAUCAUUCAAUCAUCAUUGAUCCAAAAUGGACAAAAAUGACCACAUCCUAAACUUUCAUAAACUUUCACUGACUGGUUGACUUUUUCAUCAGCAUUAGUGAAUUGUCAGAAGUGUAGCCCUUUAAAUGAUGGCUUGUUUACAAAGAAAAAAAAAUACUAAAAUAAACAGUAAGCAGAUUUAGUUCCA